AUGAUGUAUUUAUUGUAUAGAUGUACACAGUUCCUGCAGAAAUCGGCUUUAUUGAGGCCUUGCCAAUUUAGAUAUAGCCUAUUUUCACCACGUAAAGUAGGAAAUGGGAUUCGCCUUCAUAUAAAGCAAAAUAUGCGAGCGUAUACGGGAUUGACUUUCUGUGCAGCUGGUGCAGCUGCUUUAUUUUCAAUCAAUUCCCGCCCUUUAACUGAUUCUGACGUACCGUUUAUUCAAUCACCUAAAGACGUGUUGGAGCCUCUGCUCAAGGAAGACACAAUAACUACACAAAUUGAUAACAACACUCAAGUAAAUAUACUGUCGCCGAACAUAUUUGGCUCUCUUAUAGUAGCAGACUUGCCAUAUUUAUUUUUGGCCGUACUGGGUGCGUUUGGUGCGGCUUAUUUUAAUAUUCGAAUUCCCAUACUUCUCGGGGAUCUUAUCAAUGUUCUUGCUCAAUUUACUCAUUCCCAUUCUGUCCCGGUUGCGGCUUUAAAGUCACCAUCGCUUUAUCUCUGUGGUGCCUUCUCACUUCAAUCACUGUGCACAUUUGCCUAUAUUGGCUUCCUUGCCACGGUUGGUGAGCGGUUUGCGUCGCGCUUGAGAAACAUGCUAUUUGAACAUGUAAUUUUUCAAAGAAUUCCGUUUUUUGACUCUCUCACUUCUGGGUGGAUUAUUGAAAGGAUGACCGCGGAUGUGCAGGACUUCAAGAGCUCCUUCAAACUUUGCAUUUCCCAGGGUCUCCGCAGUGGCGCCCAAAUUGUCGGGUCGGGCAUCGCCAUGUACACGAUAUCUCCGACGCUAACAGCCGCUCUCAUGGGAUGCCUUCCACUCGUCUGCUUUGUUGGCAGUCUGAUUGCUAGCCAAUUGCGUCGAUUGAGUCACGCAGCACACGAUAAGGUGAGUUGUAUGUCUCAAUCAGGUCGACUUGACUGUUAUUACUUUCGGGAAAAAAGUAGCAAUGCGACAACUGAAAUCGCAACCGAGGCGUUUACUCACAUUAGAUCCGUCAAAUCGCUUGCAAUGGAACCACAAAUGAUCAGACAGUAUUCUGACGGGACAAGUGAAGCCUGCAGGUUGUUCGAAAUCCUUGGCUAUGGAAUUGGCUGCUUUCAAGGCCUUUCAAACUUUGCAAUGAAUGGUAGUUACCUUGGGUUGCAAGAUUUCGGGAGUCGUUCUGUGCUGCCUGAACACCUUUUUCCCAGCCUCACACUCGAGCUUUUAUUGGUUGCAGGUUUGGUUCUUGGUGUGCUCUAUUUGGGCGGAAAUCUGAUAGCUAGAGGGGAUAUGGACGCGGGACAGCUAAUGGCCUUCCUCGUUGCCACACAGGCCGUUCAUCGAUCACUCAUUCAACUUUCACUCCUAUUUGGACAGGUCGUUCGAGGCACUUCGGCUGCUGCUCGAAUCUCCGAGAGUUUAAUGUUCCUAAGUGCGUUGCCGAUCGAUUCUUUUAUUUGGCCCUUUCAGGUUCUCUCCUACCCAACCUCAAGUGAGACGUCUGCCUACACUCGUGGCCUCGGCAACGUUCUUUCUGUUGAUGCCACCACUCAUUUUCACUUUAACAAGUCGGCUCCGUCAAUCCGGUUUGAAAACGUCACCUUCAGCUACCCCAAUCGACCGGAGGCAGUGGUUUUCGACAAUCUCACCUUUGAAAUCCCAGCAGGGAAGGUUGUUGCCAUUGUGGGGGAAUCUGGUGCAGGGAAGUCAACUGUUCUCUCCCUUUUGGAGCGCUUCUAUGAGCCGCUGGCUGGCAAGAUAACCUUCAACGGGGUCGACAUUCGAGACUUCAGUUUGUCAGCACUUCGUGGCCAGAUGAUUGGCUACAUAAGUCAGGAGCCGGAAGUUUUCCACAGGACUGUUCGCGAGAACAUUCGGUGUGCACAGCCAACAGCAAGUGAUGCGGAUGUUGUGGCCGCCGCGUGUGACGCCCAGGCGAACCAGUUCAUCACUGAGCAGCUACCGAGUGGCUACGACACGGUAGUCGGCGGAGGCUCUAGCUCGAGUUCCGCCGGCCUUAGUGGGGGCCAGCGACAGCGCCUCGUGAUUGCCCGAGCACUGGUCAAAAACGCGCCGAUUCUUCUUCUUGACGAGGCCACGUCGGCUCUUGAUGCUGAGUCUGAGUUCCUGGUCCAAUCGGCUCUCCAAAACGCCAUGUCCGGAAGAACCGUUUUGAUUGUUGCGCAUCGAUUAAGCACAAUACGGAGAGCCGAUCUAAUAAUGGUGAUGCAUAAAGGCCGAAUUGUCGAGGUACGUCGUUCACCGAAACUUGUUACCUGUUUGCAGAUUAAUCAACAAGGAACCCACGAGGAGCUAAUCCGCAAGAGGAGUCGCUACUACGACCUUCUACAGCGCCAAGGCACCGAUGACUAA